AUGGAGAAUUUUUCAUGGAGCAGACUCCCAGAUCAUAUCCUGGCCAAGUUCUUCUCCUAUAUUCCAUUGGUGGAGCGUUGGAAAGUGGCAUUGGUGUGCAAGUCUUGGCAAACUUGUUUUGAUCAUCCUAAUUUAUGGCAAUAUUUCAAGUUCACUUUUAUGGAACCGAAAGACAAGGUCAAGUUACGAUGUCUGGACAAGUACGAAAAUGUGCUGAAGAGUGUGGUGAUUGAAGUUCAGGAAAAUAAGAAAAAAAACCGUGACUGUGCCUGUGAAGUUAUUACUAGACUUGCUCGUUGUAAGAAGAGGAAACUUCAGAACAUUAAGCUGAAUUUCAUAGGUCAAAAAAUUUUGUUUAUCAGAGGCAGUUCAGAUUUCAUCAAUGCUUUGGCCGAUUUGUUUGGAUCUCCUGACCCAAACUGCAGCCUGCUCAAAGAAGUUGACUUGAGUGGAAUCUCUAUUGUCUAUAUGGAUGAUCUGUUAAACCUUCUUGCCGAUAAUCACCCAGAUUUAGAAGUGCUAAACAUUCUUAAUAAUACCCGUACAUGUACCGUCGAACCCCAUUGCACAUUGAAUGUAGUGAAGAAGUGUACUAAACUUAGAGAGCUCGGUCUCUUCUACUGCAGUAUCUCUGAGGAAGUCCUCUUGGAGUUAGCGGAGGUAGGACGUGCUUCACUGCAAAAACUUUCUGUUAUGUGGCGAGAAUGGAAGUACGAUAUCGAUAUCCCGGAUAGUGCAUGGGAAACGCUGACAAAGCGAAAUCCAAAUCUAAAAGUGCAUAUAGCUGUUGAUCCUACUUGCCCAUUGCACAUGAUCCAAGCAAUCCUGCAACCACACAUACCAAUUAAGGUUUUACGACUUGAUACAUAUACAGUAUUGCAUAAUGAAGUCUCCCAGGCUGCUGCAAACUACAGUUCAACUUUAGAGGAAGUUGUAGUAAAAUGCAUACCAUCAGUUGAAUUAAAUCAGGCAUUGAUUAAGCUCGCUGCGAGUUCGCCUAAUUUGAGAUUGCUUCACUGUUAUUGCAUACUAGAAAAAGUCACAGUGGAAACCAUCCUGAAUAGUUGUCCACGUCUUGAAACGUACAUUCUCAAAGUGCAAAAGCAAAAAGAACCGUGGAUGCCUGUUCAAGUGGGCAAAAAGUAA